CGUUCUCUACUUCUUCGAGGCUGUCGUUCUCGUUGCCGCCCUCUGCGUCUUCUUCUGCUGCUGCGGUUGCCACUUCUGAUCUCUCAUCUUGUUCUUUUCAUUCUUUUCAUUUUUGGUUUGGUUUCGUUUCGUUUCGUUGAUGGCGGAGGAGGUGGGAGCCUGCUAUCCGACGCCAAUCUGGCCCGGGAGGACUCGUGUAGGCUGGAUCGGGACUGGUGUUAUGGGAUCCGCCAUGGUCAGCCAUAUUCUCGCCGCCGGCUAUGCAGUCGCCAUCUAUGCUCGAUCCCCAGCGAAAGUCGACCAUCUACGACGCGCUGGAGCUCGAUUCUUAGCCUCCCCAGCCGACGUAGCUAGAUCCAGCGACGUCGUCUUCACAAUGGUAGGUCACCCAUCCGAUGUUCGAUCUGUUAUUUUAGAUCCCACCACCGGCGUUCUCUCAUCUCUCUGCGACAACGGCGUGCUCGUCGAUUGCACGAGUAGCCAUCCAACACUCGCCCGUGAAAUAGAAGAAGCAGCGAAGGCGAAGAGCUGCUGGUCCAUCGACGCGCCAGUCUCCGGCGCCGAACAAGGGGCGAAAAAUGGGAAGCUAGCGAUCUUCGCGGGGGGCAACGAGGAGGUGAUCGAAUGGCUACGCCCACUGUUCGAUUUGAUGGGGAAAGCGAGGUGGAUGGGCAGGGCAGGAAGCGGGCAAAGCAGCAAGAUCGCGAACCAGAUCGUAGUGGGAGCGAACCUGAUGGGAAUGAGCGAGGCAAUGGUGUUCGCGGAGAAAGCGGGGCUGGAGAGAAAUGGGUUCUUUGAGGCGGUGAGAAGCGGGGCAGCGGGGACGAAGGUGAUGGAAUUGUUUGGAGGGAAGGUAGUGGAAAGGGAUUAUGAGGCAGGGGCGCUGGCAGAAUACAUGGUGAAAGAUUUGGGGAUGGGAUUGGAUGAGGAGGGAAUGGUGUUACCUGGUGCGGCAUUGAAUAGGCAGUUGUUUAUGGGGAUGGUGGCUAAUGGGGAUGGGAAAUUGGGGAUUCAUGGACUUGUUACUGUGAUGGAGAGGAUGAAUAAUAUCCGCAAUGUUUCUCCACCUUAUCUCCAAACUUCCCUCCAAGGCCCCAAAAAUCACAGAGGUAGAGAAGACAUGGCACUUGGAGUUGCAAAGCUAGUGGCUUUUGCAAUACCAUCCUGUUCUACAAAGAGUCACUCUUCUUCUUCUCUUCUUCUCCAACACAAUGACCCUCUCCUUGGCCUUAGACCUCCCUUCAAUAGCAGACAAACUGUUAGAAGAGCACCAAGAGCCUCUCUUUCUACUCCAAAGGAAUCAGUCCUCAGAGCCUUCAAUGAAAGAAGGGCAUUAAAGAUCAUCUCUGGUCUCCAAAAUUUUGACAAAGAGAACAUUGCCUCUGUUGUUACUGCUGCAGAUAAGGGAGGUGCCACUCAUGUUGACAUAGCUUGUGAUCCAGAGCUGGUAGAACUUGCUGUGAAAUUAACCUCUCUUCCGGUUUGUGUCUCGUCUGUGGAUCCUUCAGCAUUUGCUCCUGCUGUGGAAGCAGGUGCUCAAAUGGUCGAAAUUGGAAACUAUGAUUCCUUCUAUGAAAUGGGCAUUCAGUUCUCUCCAGAUCAGAUACUAAAGCUAACACAAGAAACAAAGAGGAUUCUUCCAUUCACAACACUCUCUGUCACUGUGCCACACACAUUAACUCUUCCUGAUCAGGUAAAGCUAGCAGAAGCACUUGAGCAGGAAGGCGCCGACAUUAUUCAAACAGAAGGCGGAAAAUGUUCUAAUCCUUCAAAACCAGGGAUUCUUGGUUUAAUUGAGAAGGCAACACCAACACUAGCCGCCGCAUAUUCAAUUUCUCGAGCUGUUAAAAUUCUGGUUAUGUGCUCAUCUGGACUUAGCUCUGUAACUGCACCAAUGGCUUUGACAGCAGGAGCAGCUGGUGUGGGUGUUGGUUCAGCUGUGAACAAGCUCAAUGACUUGAUUGCUAUGAUCGCCGAGGUUCGAAGUAUUGCCGAUGCACUUGGACUACCAAUAACUUAUGUAUCUGAAGAACAAAGAACUGCAUACUAUUAGUGCAUUCUUUGUGCUGCAUGGAUGACUUUUGAAAGUCAAUAGUAUAACAGUGUAACGUAAUGACUUCUAAUUUUUCUUGUACUGAGCUGAGAUGAACUACAAUGUUUACACAUUGUUCAUUAUCUCUGAUAUCAUUUACUGUCA